AAACAUUAUUGUUUCUCAAAACAGCAUAAAAAUACGCAUUUUCCUCAAAUCCUCUCUCUCAUUCCUACUUUUACGUGUAUAAAUAGUUGUACAAAUCGCACUUUCAAAUCUAGUGUCAGCUCAACUUUUUCCAAGUUGUUAAAGAGGAAAAGAAAAAGCUUUACAUCUUUCUCAGAGAAAGUCAAGUUUCUGAAUCUUGAAAAGCCAAAAUUUGGAGCUUUUGAACAGCAACGUGUUUUGUUGGGGAUUUAAGUAAAAGAUGAAGAAUUCUAUAUCAGAACAGAGUUUUUACAUAGAGAGUGAGGAAGAGGAUGAUGAACAGGAGAAGAAUUUGGGAAAAGAUGAGAAUGAAGAAGAAGGGAAUGAAUCUGAUUUUUCCAAUUACUCAAAUGAUAAUGAUGACGAAAAUAAUCGCCAGCAGAGUAAACCUAAUUCCUUAACCUCUGCUUGGCCUCAGAGUUAUAGGCAAUCUAUGGAUAUGUUCAGUAAUGUACCAUCUCCAAGUCUUAACUUUUUGGGAACACCUUCGUUAUCUCGUCUAGGGAGCUCAUUCUUGGGCUCAUCACUCAUAAGAAGACACACUCCUGAGAUAUUGCCCUCUCUUCAGAAGCCUCUGAUACCGUCAGCAGAAGAAGAGAAACCAGCUCACAGACGUAGUUCUCAUGGUUUGCUGCCUCCCAUACACCCCAGGAAGUCUUCGAUGAAGAAAAUUCCUGAACCCUCCAAGGAUGCACAUGGAAUUACCAUGUCUCGCCAAAGCUCCUACGGCCAAGCUGUGAUAAAUGGCAUGAAUGUUCUCUGUGGAGUAGGAAUCCUUUCUACUCCUUAUGCUAUGAAGGAAGGUGGAUGGUCUGGACUUUCAAUAUUAUUCAUUUUUGGUGUGCUUUCUUUCUAUACUGGCAUUCUCCUGAGAUCCUGCUUGGAUAGCCAACCUGGGCUCGAAACGUAUCCUGACAUUGGUCAGGCUGCAUUUGGUACACCCGGACGUAUUUUUAUAUCAAUAAUCUUAUAUGUGGAAUUAUACUUCUCUUGUAUUGAAUACAUAAUCUUGGAGGGCGAUAACUUGUCAUCUAUAUUUCCAAAUGCCCAUUUAAAUCUGGGUGGGUUUGAGUUAGAUGCUCGCCAUCUUUUUGUUUUGAUAGCAACCCUGGCUGUUCUUCCUACUGUUUGGCUGCGCGACCUCAGCGUUCUAAGUUACAUCUCAGUUGGAGGUGUUGUUGCGUCUGUUUUGGUGGUUCUUUGCUUGUACUGGGCUGGUUUGGUGGAUCAUGUAGGCUUUGAAAGCAAAGGGACUGUACUUAACCUAUCUACUCUUCCUGUUGCUAUUGGACUCUAUGGAUUUUGUUACUCUGGGCAUGCGGUCUUUCCCAAUAUAUAUACAUCCCUGGCGGAUCGUAGUCAAUUUCCUGCAGUCCUCUUGACCUGUUUUGGUAUGGUGACUCUGUUGUAUGGUGGAACAGCUGUGAUGGGAUACCUAAUGUUUGGGGACUCAGCUGAUUCCCAGUUUACUCUAAAUUUGCCCAAAGGUUUAAUAGCUUCUAAGGUUGCUGUGUGGACAACUGUCGUUAAUCCUUUCACAAAAUAUGCUUUAACCUUGUCUCCUGUGGCAAUGAGUUUGGAGGAAUUGUUGCCGUCAAAGCACGCCAAAUCUCACGUGUACCCGAUCCUCAUUAGAACUGCAUUGGCAUUCUCCACAUUAGUGGUUGGUCUUUCUAUUCCCUUUUUUGGUUUGGUGAUGGCAUUGAUUGGAUCUUUACUUACCAUGCUAGUGACUCUGAUACUGCCUUGUGUUUGCUUCCUGAGAAUCUUGAAGGGAAAAACAAGUCGCCUUCAGGUUUCAGUAUGUGUCCUUAUUAUCACAGUAGGUACUAUGUCAGCAGUUAUCGGGUCCUAUUCAGCUGUCUCCAAUAUCAUCCAGAGUUUGAGCUGAAUUCUGGUAAUACUGACGAUGGCACUAGAUGUUUUUGAGCUUAGACUACACUAGUUUCUAAUUAUAAAGACUACACAAGUUUCCAUUUUCUUGGAAGAGAAUACAUAGUCCGUAUCCGGGCUUGUGAUUUUGAUGAUGAUUCUUUUUUCCUUUUGUUGUUUUUACAUCUGCAGUCCAUUGUUUUUACUGAACAAAUGCACUUCCAUUUGAUUGAAAGUUUUCUUUCCUAGACUUUCCAGAAUAUUAUGUAGAGCCUCUACAGUAGAGGGGAUGAAUCCAAAUUUUAGUUCAAAGUUAUAUUGCAUAACAUAUUUCUCCA